AUGGACGUCGCAGAAGUUUGGAUUAUGGCUACCGAGGAGCUGGAGCGCCCUCAUCAGAUACCCUCGGGGGAAUUGCUCAAUGAUCUUCCAAACACUGUUGCCAGUGAGAGUCAAAUGAUCGACGACGAUACAGCCACGGUCGAAGCGCCAUCACUGUCUCCAAAUGCCUUUAUGGUCACGAUCAAUUACAUGGAACCGCCUCCCGGAUCUAUCGUUGAUCGUGGCUGGAGAUUAAGCAUGAUGAGCUUCAUGUUUGGUGCGACUCCACAGGCUAUCAAGGUGUUCAGCAUGAGGGGCGUGCCUGGCACCCAACUCUUCGUGGGAACAUACUUUGUCGCGUUCAUUGUUCCAGAGAUCUUCCGCUCAUUAGCGGGACCGGUCGGUCAGUUCAAUCUCUAUCCUUUACCGAUCGUCUCGAAUGCAAAGUCUUUCCUAUCUCAAGGAGCGUUCUUGUUCCUUUUCUGGUUCGCAACUGGAAUGUAUGUCAUGGGCCUUUUCCUCCGUGUCAUCUCGGAAUUCAUAGUAUUGCACGGCCGUGAGGCUAUUGUCCCUUUCGGCAUGAUGCUAGCAUUUCCGGUCGCUCUCCUGCUUUUCUGGUUCCUGCAAUUACUUAUCGAAUUUUUACAUGCGCACUAA